GCGGUGACGUCACGGCGGCGGAGCGCGCGGGGUCUCAGUGCCCGGGAUGAGCGAGGGAGGCGCGCAUCGCUCUCCCCGCACUCUCCCCGCACUCUCCCCACACUCUCCCCGCACUCUCCCCACGCUCUCGCAAGCACUGCCGCCGCCUCCGCGCUCUCCCCUCAUCGCUCUCCAUCAUGGAUGUAUACCAACAACAACAACAACAAGAAUAAUAACAACAACAACAAUCACAGACAGGACUGGUACGGCGCAGCAGCAGCAAGAAGAGGAGGAGGCGGAGGGAUGAACCCCGAGAUUCUCAUCGAUGCCAUGGGCGACAUCCACCACGAGCAGACGCAGCCCGGAGCACUGAUGAGCGCCGCGCACAGCCCUCACCACCGCCACCCGCAGCAGCCGCCCUACGAGCUGCCCGCCCCGGGCCGCGCCUCCAUGGUGCCCGGCAUGGUGGCCUCGAUGCUGGACGGGAGCGAAUACCGCGGGGAGCAUGGACUGCACCCGGCCAUCUCCAUGGGCUGCGAGUCCCCGCCCGGCAUCAGCUUGAGCAUGAGCGGCGGCGGCGGCGGCGGGGGGGGCGGCGGCGGCGGCGGCGCCGCUGGCGGCGGUGGCGGCGGCACCUACGCCACUCUGACCCCGCUGCAGCCUCUCCCACCCAUCUCGACCGUGUCGGACAAAUUCCACCACCACCACCAUCACCACCACCAGCACCACCACCAGCAGCAGCAACAGCAGCAGCAGCGGCUGGCGCACAACCUCAGCGGAUCGUUCACGCUCAUGCGCGACGAUCGGACUCCUCUGCCGGCCACCGUCAACAGCAUCUACGGGCACUACCACAAGGAGAUGGCGGCCAUGGGAUCGGCUCUUCCUCCGCCGCCGCCGCUCGCCUGCUCGGGCAUCGGCAACGGCCUCACGGCCAUGCACGCGGCCCAGCAGCCGCUGUCGGCCUACGGCCACCCGCCGGGCGCAGCGCUGUGCGGAGGGGACAAGAUGCUCGCGACGCACGGAGGCUUCGAUGGACACGCGGCCAUGCUGAGCCGCGCGGAUCAGUCGCUGGGACGCGGCCUCGCAUCUCCCACCGCGGGGAUGAUGUCCCUGAACGGGAUGCAAACUCAUCCUCACCACCCACACCCCCACCACCACCACCCGCACCAUCCUCACCACCACCCUCACCACCACCAUCACCACCACCACCACGGGGCCAUGCUGGCCGCCAGAGGCGGGCUGGGGGACCGCGGCAUCAUGGGCGGUGGAGGCCACAUGGGAGGUGGAGGCGGCGGUGGAGGUGGUGGAGGUGGUGGUGGUGGUGGAAGCCAUCAUGGUGGACAGGCGGAGGAGAUCAACACGAGGGAGGUGGCGCAACGGAUCAGCACGGAGCUGAAGCGGUACAGCAUCCCGCAGGCUGUGUUCGCGCAACGGGUGCUGUGCCGCUCGCAGGGCACGCUGUCCGACCUUCUGCGCAACCCCAAGCCGUGGAGCAAACUGAAGUCGGGCCGCGAGACGUUCCGGCGCAUGUGGAAGUGGCUCCAGGAGCCCGAGUUCCAGAGGAUGUCAGCGCUCAGACUGGCGGCCUGUAAGCGCAAAGAGCAGGAGCAGGGCCGCGACAGCGGCGCCUCGCAGCCCAAGAAGCCGCGCCUCGUCUUCACCGACGUGCAGAGGCGCACGCUGCUUGCCAUCUUCAAGGAGAACCGCCGGCCCUCCAAGGAGAUGCAGGUGACCAUCGCCCAGCAGCUCGGCCUGGAGCUCACCACGGUCAGCAACUUCUUCAUGAACGCGCGGCGCCGCAGCCUCGACAAGUGGCAGGACGAGGGCGGAGGGUUGCUGGGGGCCGCCUCGUCAGGGGCGGGAGCCUCCUCCCAGCAGCCGCCUUCGUCUUCCUCCGUGGCGUCCUGCGGCAGCAGCAAGGCUUGAGGGAGUGUGCGGAGCGUGACGUGAGAUCGGCAGUGGCGAGAGGGAGGGGGCCACUGUUUGUCGUGCGGGAGGCGAAGGGACAGAUGGUGAUGAGUCUUCGCCUGCGCUGACGACCUCGUGAAGAGCAGCCGCACCCCACCGUAACUUCACCUGAGCCGCUCCGCUCCCCCCGCACUCCC